UUAAUUUUUUUUAUCGAAAAAAAAUUUGACAAUCACUUUCAAUGUGUUCCAUUAUGUGAUUACCAUAAUUUUAAUAUUUUGACAGAAACACUAAAAUCAUAAAAAACAACCGAAAAAAACGUGAUAUAAAUAGUGCAAAACAUUGUAUCCGAUUUAUCUCUUCAUCAAUCGUGUUGUGUGCGUUCCAAAUCCAAUCGUUUUUUUUUACUGAAAAUGCAAAAAAUUCUAUCCAUUUUAUUGGCCAUUUUUGUUAUCGUAAACAUUGUUCAAUGUACAACGUAUCAACAACAAACACAUGGACAUCAGAACCUGGAAGAAUGGCAAGAAAAAUUACAAGAAAUAACUGAAGGAUUAAUAGAAGAGGCCCAGAUUGAAAAUGAACGUUUAAAAUCACAGAAUCGUGAAUAUCUAAAUGGUGGUUUGCUAAAAAUACUGAAUGUAUUAAAAAAUUUGGAUAGAAAAUUGUCGGAAAUAACGAUUCCCGAUGAUCCACAACAACAGCAAUAUGAAUACACAAGAAGACAGUUGCAAAAAUUGGCCAAUCAAUUGGGAAUUGCAAAACAAACAUUAGAGAUUGAGAUACAAAAAUUGGAAAAUUUUCAAAUUCGAUUAUAAAACAACAACAACAACAACAGUUGAUCAAUCAAAUUUUAUAAUAAUGAAAAAAAAUGAUAAUAAUCUUGACAUUGACAAGAGAAUCUGUUAUUGAAAUUCUACACACACAGUAAUUCUGCACUUGAAUCAUUUUGACAUUGAUUUGUGAGAUGAAAAAUUCCUUUUAAUUUUUUUUUAUUUCGACGUUUGACAUUAAAUCCAGAAAAAUAAAAUAAAAUUCAUUUGACAAAAA